GAACAUGCUUUCUGCCUCGUGUCCCUCACGCUUUGUCGGACUGGCGAUUUGUCGAAGGUCGAUUUCGUCGAAAGCUCUAAUGUACGCUAACUAUGGAGAUCCGCAAGCUGUUCUUAACAUGUCGGAACACACCUUGUCCGACCCAGCGGAUGACGAGAUUUUGGUAAAAAUGUGCGCAGCACCUGUUCACCCAUCUGAUAUUAAUACUGUGCAAGGAGUUUACCCGAUAAAACCACCACUACCGGCAGUUGCUGGAAAUGAGGGGGUCGGCAGGGUGAUCACCACAGGACGCAAUGUUAAGGACUUUGCAAUUGGUGACCUUGUCAUCCCAACCAGAGUGUCUUCCGGUACCUGGCAAACACACGUUUGCGCCAAAUCCGACUUUUUCUAUCGCCUUCCGGACUCAAUGCCUACUUCCCACGCUGCAGUAUUCAGAACAAAUCCUGGGACAGCAGUUCGUCUAUUAUCGGACUUUACACAGCUUCAAAAUGGCGGUGUGGUAAUUCAAAACGGUGCCACCAGUGCCGUUGGUAUCUACGCCAUACAAAUAGCGAAACUCUUGGACUACCAGACAAUCAAUCUGUUCCGACCGAGAGUUAACACUGAUGCAACCGAAGAAACACGAAAGCUGUUAAUCGAUUAUGGCGCUACGUGGGCUUUUACGGAAUCCGAAUGGACUGACAGUACUAGUCCGUUAGUAGCAGAAGCCAAAAGUUCUGGCCCAGUCAAAUUGGCACUGAAUUGUCUAGGUGGGAAAUCCGCUAUUGUUCUACUCAAAGCGCUUGCUGAAGGUGGUACUCUGGUUUCCUACGGGGGUAUGUCCCGUAAUCCAAUGUCCAUUCCCGUCGGUCCUCUUAUAUUUCGUGAUCUGCGACUCCGGGGGUUCUGGAUGUCAGCUUGGAUACAGAAGGAGCAUCCAUCGCGCGUGGGGCUGAUGUACAGACAAUUGUCUGAUUGGUUCACUAAAAACCUUAUUCGACCGUCGCCUUUCAUGGACAUUCCUUUCGACGACUGGAAAAAGGCGAUUGAACUUUCCCAGUUUGGUGAUUCCGGACCCACGGGUAUAAGGAAGAAGAUUAUUCUAAAGAUGGAGUG